UUCGGUUCAUAUUUUUGCUUCAGAAAGACGGAACGCAAAACAUUUUUUGAUAAAUUUUUACUUUAAUUAGUAACAAUGAAACGUAAAACAAGCGAGAUUUGGUGUUUUUUCCGAGCGGUCGACGACACAUUUGCGCUAUGUAACAUUUGCAAAGCCAAGCUCUCUUAUAAAACAACAACUACCAAUUUAAGCAAACAUAUGAAUAGAAUGCAUCCCACUUCAUCUCUGUCCCAGAGUCACAAAUAUAAAUAUAAAUAUCAAUCACAGUCGAGUGUUAUUGAUCGGAAUAAGGGAAAGCCACGCAACCCCGCUCAGGAAUUAGUCUUGCUAGACUUUGUGAAGAAGCAUCCUCGAUUGCUACAAGUCCCUUCUUGGGAAACACGUAAUUCCGCAGAAUCGUUAUGGGAACAACUGACAGUAGAGUUGAACAGGAAUGGCCCGCCACGAAAAGAUGUGGCUACAUGGAAGAAGGCGUUGAAAGACUGGAAAAGGUUCAUACUUAAAAAAGUGGAGAAAAAUGAAAUGCUUAAUAUGCCAUUUGAGACGAGCCUCAGUUCUUCUGAGGAAACAAUAGCAACCCUAUGUCGUAUACACGAUGAUGUUAGUCAAUUGAUUUUGAAAGUACCCGACGAUGAUGACUUGCACGACAACUCCAAUACCGAAUAUGAUGUGGAAGAUGUGGUGCCAGAGGAGGAGGAUCCUAGCGCCUUGCAAGGUACUACCGAAUAUAUCUACGAGCCAGAGGAUUGCAAGGUCGAUAUAGACCCGCUUUACCUGCAGGCAGGCAAAAAGGCAGCAUUAACAGCAAGAACAGCCGAAGAGGAUAAUUUGCUGGAAAAAUUAAGCAACAACAUUGGUUUGGUCAACGACUCCACCAACAGUGUCAACCUGGCGCUCAACGAAUUUUGCGUUAUCUUAAAGCAAAAAUUUAAUGAAGACAAGCGUCACCACUUAGCCAUGGAACAGUUGGUGGCGGAAAAAAUUGAGUUGAAAAAAAAGCUUCUAGAAAUUGAGCAGAAGAAACUUUUACUAAAAUGACUGGACUUUUAAUCAAUUGGUAGAAUACUAAAAUAUAAUUGUAUAAAAACGUUAAGUGAUUUUGAAUUAAGACCCCAUUUAAAUUACAGUUUAAUGUGUUUCUCAUUUAUUAUUAAUCUUAUGGAGACAAAACAGCCCUUGCCUGAAGCAUUUUUUAGAAGUUGAACAUGGUUAUCCAGCCAAAUACUGAGAUAAUGUGUAUGCUUUUUAUAAUAGUUUGAUCAAUAUAAUUAAUUGAUGAUAU